AUGAACCAACUGGCCGUUCCGGCAACCGUACCUCCUCAGAGGGUCGAGAUCAAGGGGAUUGGGCAAGAGUCGUCUACCACAGUGCUGGAGCAACUGCAAGCCGCUAACUCGUCCGUCACUCUUCGCGAAGUGUUGCAGAAAUGGCCGCAAGACAAGUCGUCUUCCAGGGAUGGAAAGUCAGCUUCGGAGGAGCCGAAGCCUGUGACAUUUCCGGUCGGGAGAGUGACUGCGAAGAAGCGUGUGGCUCCCGAGGUCAAGUCCGGAACAAGCUCCGCU